AUGGCCUACGCGUCCGGACGGUCGCUUCCGUACGACGCCGGGCACUUCCACGCGUGCGUGCACACCCCCGAGGCGUCGUAUUACCUCCUGAGCUGGCACCUGAACGCGAAGGAGAUCCCGGUCGCGGAGCUCGGCCUGUGCCUCCCGAGCGCGUGCGCGAAGUCGGACGUGGAGGCGCUCGUGGGCGCGGGGCGCGGCGGCGGCGACGCGAGGGCGACCGCGGAGAAAGCGGACGCGGCGAUCGCGAACGCGGAGAACGCGUCGCGGCCGUUCGGAAGCGGGUACUGCGCCGCCGCGGGGAAGGACGCGAACGCCGCGGCGAGGUGCAGGGAGUACCGCGCGAUCAUGGCCGCGAUGGACGCCGCGGACGAGAUCGCGAAGGAGAUGGCGGAGGGCGGGAAAGGCGUCGGCGGCGGCGGCGGCGGCGGCGGUGGCGGCGGCGGCGGCGGCGUGAGAGGCUGGUACGGCGCCGGCGCCGGCGUGUCGAGCGUGUGGCUCGUCGUGACGUCGCACGUCGAGGACAGGGUCGGGUUCGUCAGAAACGCGACGUCCGGGUGGGCGUGCUUCGCGCUCGCGUGCGUCAUCGCGUUGUUCGUCGUCGUCGUCGUCGCGACCGCGCUCGACGCCUCGGGCUUCGCGUCGAGGGAGAGACGCCGCGGCGGCGGCGGCGGCGGCGUCGAGGAGCCGCUUCUGAGCGGACGCGGCGACGACGAGGAGGGCCUCGGCGAGGGCUUGAGCGACAUCAGCGACGACGAUCCGACCGCGGCCGCGACCGCGACGCGCGUCGAACGGCUGACCGCGACGCUCGAGAGAGUCGCGGCGUCGACGAACUUUUUGUCGUUGCUGCGGACGUUUCCGAAACUAAUCGCCGCGCCGUCGCGGCCCGGGCCGACGGAUUGCCUCAACGGCAUGCGCGUUCUGUCCAUGGUCUGGAUCAUCGUCGGUCACACGAUGAUGAUGCCGACGCCGUUGAACGGGUGGGAUAACCCGGAGGACCUCAUCGCGCGGUGGGGCGCGCGGGGGGCGGCGUGGUUCCAGGUCGUCGUCGGCGGCGAGAUCGCGGUCGACACUUUUUUCUUCCUCAGCGGGUUCCUCAUCGCGUACUUGGGCGUCAGAGACUUGGAGAAGCGCGCGGGGUCGAUACCCGUCGGCGGAAUGAUCGCACACAGGUGGUUGCGGAUAACCCCCGCGUUCGCGUUCGCGCUCGUCGUGUACUCGCAGAUCGCGUCUCGAAUCGGGGACGGGCCGUUUUUCGUUCGAUAUCAACGAAGCGUGUUUCGACGCUGCGACAAGUUAUGGUGGUCCGAGCUGCUGUACCUUCACAACUUCAUCCCGUUCGACUCGGACGACGUGUGCAUGGGGUGGUCGUGGUACCUCGGGAACGACUUCAUCUUCUACCUGUUCUCGCCGUUCGUACUGCUGUUGCACCACCACAGAAGACGCGUCAUGUGGGCGGCGAUCGCGUUGACGUCGAUCGCGUCGUGCGCGCUGACGGUGCGUCCACCCGACCCGACCCGACCCACGCUCGCCUCGGCCGCCGACGCCGCGCGCGAUGAUUAUAAAAAAUAACUUGAUCUUAU